AUGCGCGAUGCUUCGGCGCUCGUCCCCGUCUCUCUGAUCCUUGAGCCUGUGGUGGAGGACUCACUACUCCGGGACGCACGGCCCUAUUCCAAGCUCAACUGUAUAAUCAUCAACUGUAUCAUCGUCAACUGUAUCAUCAUCAACUGUAUCAUCAUUAACUGUAUCAUCACCAACUGUAUCAUCGUCAACUGUAUCAUCAUCAACUGUAUCAUCACCAACUGUAUCAUCGUCAACUGUAUCAUCACCAACUGUAUCAUCGUCAACUGUAUCAUCAUUAACUGUAUCAUCACCAACUGUAUCAUCGUCAACUGUAUCAUCAUUAACUGUAUCAUCGUCAACUGUAUCAUCGUCAACUGUAACUUUUCAGUCUCAACAAAUAUUUCAGUGUCUGGCUCUGAGGCUCAUCCGUGCUGCUUGGCUACGUGCGACCUUAAAACUUUCAGCUAA